UGGACUAAUUCAGGAAAUGAUUCCCGAAGACAAAAGACUUGUGUCUUGUGUAAUUCUUGUGACCUGUCGUAUGUAACUCGUGUGAUACAGAAGUUGGAGACAGUGCAACGUAGAGGGUAUAAUACCACUCUGGAUAUGAUGGCGUGCAGGUUGAAGUUUUGUCUGAUGCAAUGUGCGCACGUGCUUGCAGUCGUCAUCAGUGUGGUGUCUGCCCAGUCCUGUCUAACUCAAUGCCGAUGUGAAGGUACCACCAUGGACUGCAGCCACGGAUCUAGGCAAGGGUUCCCAAGAGAUCUAUUCAUACCGUCUUCAACAGAAAUCGUCGUGAUGAGCGACAAUCUGAUGACAAGAGUUCCAACAUCUCCCGCCAUUCCAAACCUGCUGGAACUGAACCUGGAAGAUAACUUCAUCACUGAACUUACACCGACUUCUUUCCAAUUGUGGCCAAAGCUCCAGAUCCUUCGUCUUGGAGGCAAUAAGAUCAUUGAUGUCUCCAAUUCUGCUUUCGAUGGACUAUCCCAACUGGUGAAACUGUAUCUGAAUCAUAACAACAUCGAAACGAUAGAAGCGUUUGGAAGUUUGUCUGGUCCAAGUAGUUUGGAGAUGCUGGACUUACAGAGAAACAAACUCACGUCUAUAUCGAUCGGCACGUUCACAGGGAUCCCGCUGCUUACGGAGCUCAACCUGUCGUCUAACAACAUCUCAAAGAUAGAAGAUGGAAGCUUUGCUCGUCUCAAGAAGUUACGUGUCCUGUAUCUGCAUUCCAACAAAAUCCUUCAGCUGACCAACGCGACAUUCUUUGGUAUGUCCUCCUUAACCCGUCUAACUUUGAUUAACAACAAGAUACAGAAUCUGCCAGAUUUGGCCUUCAAUAGUGCCGGAUCGCUGGAGUAUCUGGACCUGACAUCUAACAGCAUCUCCACAAUCACUCAGGCAGCAUUCUCUGGCUUGUUGAAUCUUACUGCUCUGUCUCUUACCAAAAAUAAUAUCAGCUCUAUUGAGGAUGAUCUGAAUCUCGCAGACAAUCACCUCACCACCAUCAGGAAGGAUGAUUUUGCCAGGCUCACAAAACUGACGUUUUUGACGCUUUGGCGCAACAAUAUUACAAGUGAGGGACUCGAAGACGGUUCAUUCGCCAAUCUUGGGAACCUUGUCUAUCUAAGUCUUUACGCCAACCCUCUGACCAACAUUUCUGCAGCCACAUUUGAAGGGUUGGUGUCUCUGGAGUCAUUGGGUCUUGGAAACAACCAGAUUCAAAACUACCCUCCGUUUGUUUUUGCCAACCUGCCAUCUCUAACAACCAUCAACCUAUCCAACUAUGGCUCCACCAGAUUCACCUUGCAUCCUGAUACGUUCGGCAACCUAGCGGCACUCCGUCAUCUGAAUAUUGCUGGUGUAACGAGCGUCUCGCCGGGUGUGUUUCGGCACCUUCCUUGUCUCCAGACAGUAUUGAUGGGGAGCAGACUUACCUGUGAUUGUGAUAUACUUGAUCUAGCGACAUGGCUGAAUGGAACAGCCGUGACUGCUCGACCGCAUGAACGCACGUCAAAGCCUGUAAAAUGCUACAAUCCAAGUCACCUGAGGAAUGUGCCUCUCAUAGACCUACGAGAGGAAGACUUGCGUAUGACGUGCCCAGCGACAACCGAACCACCAUCAACACAAUCUACUGUUCAGAUCUGCCCAACACCCUCUCCUACAACUGAAGUUAGCACGUCUUCUCGUCUGGUCACAAAUCCAAGUCCAACAACACCACUUCCCUCGUCCUUUAAAACAGCACAACCAGGAACCUGCCCCGGUCCACAGGACGUCACCAUCCAAAACGUACAGGACUCUCGUACCGACAUUCAGUGGUCUCACGGAGGUAAAGCCGUUAAUACGGACCUGACAGGAUUCGUCAUUCAGUACCAAAUCUUUGGUCACCAGUCGUGGAUGUCAACACAGAAGAUUCACUCGGAUAGCCGUUACUUCACCAUAAAUGAUCUCCUUCCUGACACGCCGUACCAAGCCUGUGUGGCUGUUCUCUGCAAGGAUGAGCUGAUACAGCCAGGAUUGGACCACUGUGUGGCCUUUACAACCGGAUCAGCAUCUCUAUCCCAGGCAACAGUAGUAGGCUUGGCUGUUGGCAUCCCGUCGUUGGUCAUCAUCCUAGGCCUUUUGGCAGCAGUCUUCUGGAAGAUGAGAGGGCGAUCCUCUUCAGAACAUGACGCCGGUUACACACCUGAACGCCCUCACCGCCAGGAAGCGGAUCAAAAGAUGGCUGACGGUGUAAUUGAUAAUCAGGGGAAUGAGUACCGAACCUCAACAUGCGCAGGAGAGUCAGCAUCUGGCAGUAUCACCAGCUCGUAUCUGGACGUGGGCAGAGCUGCGGACAUGCUGAACUCAACAGGUACUAGGGCAGACGAUGCUCACUAUGUACCCGCUCCUGCUCCGCGUCCGGACCCAAGCAUCCCCUUAAGCUCAGUCAAGAACCCCGCAUACACCCCUGAUGACAGUAUGAACGACAACAUCUACACUACAGUCGACGACGCACUUGAAGACGGAGCAGAUGCUAAUAUGUCAACUACAGAGGACGACGUUUACAUCCAUGUCAUUGGUUAAUCGAGGACACUGGUGAUGGUAAGGCCAUGUUGAUUAUAUGAAUGACACCAUCUGUGAACCCCAUGCACCUUUGACCAGUUGAUGACGUCACACUUCCGUUCAGGAUACGUGACUUUGGCAUGAUGACUUGAUCAUUUCAUCUUCAGAAAUGUUGGAUGACUGACCUGAGCUUUCUUUGAAGAUAACGCUUUAUAACGUUAAUGAUUUAAUCACUAUUAUAGAUGUCCGCUUACGCAAGCUAUUGAUGAUUAGAAAAAUAACUGUAUAGCUGUUAGCAUUACUUUUGUUCAUGGGCAAAAGACACGGAACAGUCUAUACUUGUUUCAUGUUUAUGAAGAGAAUAUAUUCAUUGGAUCUUUACUUCUUAAAAUUCCAUUUUUCUUCCUAAAUACCCUGUAUAAGGGCAAUUUGUCGAAUGUAUAUUUGUUCUUGGUUUAAAGGACAAAGUGUUAUGUCUAGAAGACGCAGAUAUGCAAUGAUUGCUGAAGUCAAUGGAUGCAGGUUCUCAAUAUGUAAUUUUGAUAUGUCGGGAAAUGUUCUUAUAAUCUUAUUAAAGCAGACAUGUAUAUGGUAGUUCAA